GCCACACUUCACUGCCGCAGACUCUGAUUACCUGGUUAUCUUCCUCCCUGAGAUAAGGCUGAUUCUCUUUCCUUUGAGACAGUCGGUGUACUGACGCCUAGGUAAACGGAUGGCUUCCAACGACUUUGGCGGACAAGUGGCACUCGUCACAGGUGGUGGCAGUGGCAUCGGGCGCUUCACGUGCCUCAAGCUGGCUCGGGAUGGUGCUCAUGUGGUGGUGACGGAUGUCAGCCUGGAAGCAGCCCGUCAAACCCUCAGUAUGAUGCCAAGUCCUGAAGACCACCUGGCGUUACAGAUGGACGUAACACGGCAGAGUGACGUGCAGGGUGUGAUCUCUGCUUCACAGGAUAGAUUUGGGAAACCGCCCAGCCUUCUGGUCAACAGCGCGGGGAUCGGAUUAAUGGCACCAUUUCUGGAUGCAACGGAGGAGUGUAUAGAUAAAUAUACCAGCAUCAACCUUAAGGGUACCAUGCUCGUGACUCAGAUAUUCAUCAAGGCGCUGCUGCAUGGAGAUGACGAGCCAAGCGAGGGGAAAGGUGCUGUUGUCAACAUAUCAAGCAUGUCGGGCAAAACAGGUUUAACUGGAAUGACAGUGUACGCAUCCACCAAGGCUGGCGUCAUUGCCUUCAGCAAGUCCUGCGCCGCUGAGAUGGCCAGAAAGGGCAUAAGAGUGAACUGUGUAUUGCCGGCCCUGAUCGACACGCCCAUGGCUACUGGCAUCGCGGAGCAGCUACAUCGCAGCUACUGUGCAAAGAAUCCCUUAGGAAGAUUGGGCAAACCAGAAGAGGUGGCUGAGGUGGUCGUGUUCCUCUUGUCAAGACGCAGUAGCUACGUGGUGGGUGCCUGCGUGGAGGUCUCCGGGGGCACCGACAUGUGAUCACCGCCGGAGUUGAGACAAGGAGGCACAGCUGGUGGGUUGUUAAUAUUAUCCCUCUUGCUCUUUUUGCUUUCUCCAUUGAAUGAAGGAGUGAAUAAAAUCUAGAAACUAA